ACAAGCCAACUGCUUUCUACGCGUAAAUAUUCGAGCAGCGUUUGUGUACGGUACCAGGAAACAAUGCAGUACAAUUCAGAAUUCGCGUCCAUGAGCUCUGAAAUAUCAGAAACAGACACUAAAACGCACAGAAUAAAAAAAAAGCAAGUUUCGAGAGACAGUGAAAGGAAGUCAUGUGGUGCAACACAGAAGUUAUAUAAAGCAGCUGACAGCAGAAACCACGAACAUCGUAACAAAAUGGAGAUCCCACUGCCUGUUACACGCGUGAUGGCAGUUCAUAUGAUUUUCAGUGCCUUGCUGGGCUGCUCCGUCGUCAAGGCGUUUGUGUGCCCCUCUCAAGGCUUGUUUCCGGAUCCUGCAGACUGCAGCGGAUACUAUAGCUGCAACAGCAAGCUGCAGGCCUCAAGAGGAACAUGUCCCCUCAGCAUGCAUUUCGACCCCCACUACACGGACUGUGAGGUUGGUGACUGCAGUAGUUCCACGCAGAACCAGACACUGCCUCCUGUAGCAGCUGCAACAGCUCCCGUGGACAUGCACAACGGAACCUUUCAGUGCAGUGAUGUAGGAUUGUUCCCGGAUCCUACCAACUGCACUGCCUACCUCGUGUGUUAUGGAUCUGCGCAGGCAGUAAGACAGGUCUGCCCGUCAGGGGCUUACUACAAUUCGUCCUAUAGGUACUGUUUGCCAGGGACUUGUCUGAAGGGAACAACUCUCACAAAGAAGACACUGUACUGCACAAGCAGUUCCGACACGUUUCCGGAUCCCUCUGACUGCCACAGGUACUUCCGCUGUGACGUGAACCUCAAGCUCGUGCCUCAGGUCUGCGGUCUCGGUUUCCUCUUCCACUACAACGUGAAGACUGGCGGCUGCUCAAUAGGAUUUUGUUGAAACUGAACAGUACGAACGCUGCCAUGCUCCUGUCCCUCAAAAUAAUAAACUUACCACCCGUUACUUACACACACACACACACACACACACACACUGCCUUGAAGAGUUAUAUAUUCUGGGGUUAUAACGCUGUGUAAUCUGUUGAAAGGCAACCGACGUUUCGGAGGAACAUGUUGCUUCAGGUUCGAAGAAUAAACCGAACAAGAAAUCAGCAUAAAAGCAGGUGGCACGCAGAACUCAGCUUGCCACUUGCUUUCACUCUUGUGUUACUCGAUUUAUUAUUUGACCCUGAAGAUGGAGGCGAUAUGUUCUUCCGAAACGUCGGUUGACUUUCAACGGAUUACAUAUCGUUGUAUCCCAGAUGAUAAACCCUUCAUAACCACUUCCGUGAUAACUUCAAAUCCCAUUUUUCUUUUGGUUUCUUGGGGUAAGGUGAGACUGAGUCCACUUGGUACGUCGGCCACUAUUUGGCCCAUUGUACCA